AUGCACCAGAGUUCAAAGCCUUGCGCGAAUUUGAAUGGAUCGGAUAUCGCGGGAUGCGAGCAGACAUGUAGCGGAUGGAACUUUGACGCCGUCGGAGCGUCCGCCUUUCGCGAUUUGCGCAAGUUAACCCUCCGGGCCGAGGACGACGAUGGAUUCGCCGACAUGGUGCGAACGGUGCUUGAGCAGAAUGAAAACACGCUGAAGCACCUUAUACUCGGAGGUGGUGUUCAAUAA